AUGAUGAAAAACGAAGAAGAAAGAAAAAAAAAUUCAGAGAAAAGAAUGAAUUCCCCCUUCACACACAGCUCGCACAACGUUCACCUGCAUCUUUAUCGCCGACCCUUCUCCGCUCCAGACCUCCGAUUUCCGGCGCCGGCUGUGGUCUUCUCCUUCUCCGAUCACCUGCACAUAGAGGGAAUCAAUCAUCAUUCAUCACAUUAG